AACUCCAUCCGGCACAACCUCUCCCUCCACAGUCGUUUCAUCCGUGUCCAGAACGAGGGAACGGGAAAGAGUUCCUGGUGGAUGAUAAACCCGGAGGGAGGGAAGGGCGGGAAGGCCCCCCGGCGCCGUGCUGUCUCAAUGGACAACAGCAACAAGUACACCAAGUCUGCCCGCGGCCGCGCAGCCAAGAAGAAGGCGGCCCUUCAGGCAGUGGUGGCCGGCGAGGGGGGCGGAGACAGCCCCUCAGGGCUUUCCAAGUGGCCGGGCAGCCCCACAUCACGGAGCAGUGAGGAGCUGGACGCCUGGACAGACUUCCGCUCACGCACCAACUCCAACGCCAGCACGCUAAGUGGGCGCCUCUCACCCAUCCUGGCCAACCCAGAGCUGGACGAGGUGCUGGACGAUGACCCGCCACUAUCGCCCAUGCUCUACUCUAGUCCCGGCGAGGCACUGUCACCUGGGAACACCCCCACGCCCAAUGGGAAGGGACUGCCCACAGAGCUGCCUCGCCUGGCAGACCUGGCAGGCACCAUGAACCUGAACGAGGGGCUGACGGACGACCUGAUGGAUGAGCUGCUGGAUAACAUCGCCCUGGCCCCCACCCCAACUGGACCAGCCACCCAGAGAGGAUCCUCCGGGCUCAGCUUUGGCUCCAAGCUUGCCGGACUGGGCUCCUCCUCCCCAACCACCUCUCCCUCUACUCCAUCCCCCUCUAAUGGUGCAGGCGGCAGUGGCUACUGUAACUCCAUCUUUGGUCCCCUCACAGCGGGCUCCUCCCUGCGGCCCGCCCCCAUGCAGACCAUCCAGGAGAACAAGCAGACGUCCUUCUCCUGCAUCUCCCGCUUCGGCAGCCAGACCCUGCAGGAUCUGCUCAACUCAGAGGGCCACAGCCACAGCGACGUCAUGAUGACCCAGUCUGACCCGCUGAUGUCACAGGCCAGCGCCGCCGCUGUUAUCUCCCAGAACUCCAGGCGAGGCUUUGUUCUCCGCAGCGACCCCAUGAUGACCAUUGGGACCACGGCGUUAGGGCAGGGGGUGCUCCUGCACAACCACAACCAGGGCUCCCUGAGGACACUGAACGGGGGUCCGAGCCUGAACAACGAGGCCAACAGCCUGGCCAAUGCCAAGCAGCAGCUCCUGCACUCUCCACUGGGACUUGGAUCGAACGGCUCCUCCAUGAUGCAGAUUGACUCGUCCCUCUUCUUGAACGGGAGCGUUGGUGGAAGCGGUGGGAUCUGCUCGGUAGGCCCCGACCGCUUCCCUACCGACCUGGACCUGGACAUGUUUAACGGGAGCCUGGAGUGUGACAUGGAGUCCAUCAUCAGAAACGAGCUGAUGGACGCAGAUGGCCUGGACUUUAACUUUGACUCCCUGGCCAACCUGAACGGACCCAACCUGGGCAGCUUCACCAGCACCAAGCAGGGACCCCAGAGCUGGGUCCCUGGCUGAGAGAAAGGCCACACCCUAGAGGGUGCAGAGCAGGUACAAACUGUAGAGCAAGAGAAGAUCAGACACAAAGCGUCCUUUUUGCCAAGCCUGCUAUCAGCACAACAUGGAAUAAAUACCCUAUGUUUACACAAGACCUCCUCUAGAGAAAUGUACCUUUUCUCCCACUCUGACGGACCAUGAAUGAUUUGAAGUACACAGACUCACAAGACGUGACCGUCAGAUCCUCAAAGACCCCUGCAAAACAAACAAACAAUCUGAAAUCAUCACAACAAACUCAUCUCAGAAUUAUGCAAUCUUCCUUUGAGAAAACACCAGUCGGACAAAAUCUAUUGUAAAGAUGCAGAGCAAGAGGGGCUGUGUUUUGUUUAUUUGAAGGGUUUUUGGGAAACAAGGACAUUCGGCAAGCAAGGUUGUAGUGUACAAGUAGUUCCUGGGAAAAAAGGACAAAAGAUAAACAAAAACAAAAGUGAUGUGGUGUAAAACCUAAUACAGUGGUUUCUGGAAUGUGUUAUGUUGGAAAAUCUUCCUCUGUUUUCACUCAGUGAUUUUAAAUGUUUAAUGUUUGUUUUUAAAUUCCUGUUUUACCAUCAUCACUGUUUCUGCACCACAGUUUUUUUAUAAAAAAAAUGAUUGAUGAAAUGAAAGAGAGGAAGGAGACAGUCUCUGCACUCAAAAUAGCGAUAACACACACACUUUACACACACCGAUGAUGUCAUAAACAAUAAUGCCAUGCAUUUCAGGUUGUUGGUGUUUUGUUGGUUUUAUUUUACAUGAGUUUGAAUGAUUAGUCACGGUUUUAAAAAGACUUAUAGAAACAAUUAUAAUAAUACAAUUAUCUGAAUACUAUAGAGAGAGAUUGUUAUCGUUUAUUUGUAUCGAACUGUAAAAUAGAGAAAAGAACAAGAAGAAGAAGUCUGUCAUGGAUCUGUGUACAGUACAGUACAGUGGAAGCUUCAACUUAAAGGAAGAGCCGAGGAGGAGGAGGAGUUUAGACCUUCUUUUCUAGUUAAUGGGUGGGGUAUGUCAACGUGUUGUAGUACAGCAUAUGUAGCCAAAAUAAAUACCUAUGUCCUAGCGUUGUGUACGUUUCCACGCCAUAACUGGUGCUAUGAUGUAAACAGUGUUUGAGUCCAGGCCCUAGCAAGCCGUGCAUAUUACCUAUCUGGCCCGGCGGACCCCGCCGAGCUGUAGCCGUUGUCGUAGCAACGACAGGGUGGCACUGAGAGGCCGGGAGGUUGUACAGUUAGCCUCCUCCAUCUCUGGCAGCCAUUUUGUUUUUCUUGAGUGAAACGAUAAGCUAUCUGUGUAUGUUGCCAAAUUACUUGAAACAACAUGUAGGAGAUGCUGGCAGCCAAAACAACAACACACACACACACA